UCAUUUGCUCCUCUGCCGCCCUCCCUCUCAAACCAAACCCCCUCUCCCUCUCGGCCUCGCCGCGGACCGGUCGACCCCGAGCUCCGUUGCCGUCGUCUUCCGGCAAGCUCGAUGGGGAAGACGCCUCCGAAGGAGGAGGCCGAGGGAAGCCCCCGGAAUAAAGCUCCGCGGGUGGACGACGCGGCUCCGACUACGGGUUCUGUGGCGUCGGCACCGAGUCCGACGGGGAAGACGCCGCCGAAGGGGGAGGAGGCGGAGGGAAGUCCGCGGAAGAAAGCUCCGCGGCUGGACGACGCGGCUCUGGCUCUGGCUCGUGGGGCGUCGAAGCCGAACCCGACGGGGAAGUCGCCAACGAAGGAGGAGGCGGAGGGGAGCCCGCCGAAGAGAUCUCGAAGCCCGCGGAGUAAAUCUCCGCGGCGGCAGGACAAACGGCCAUUGGCGGCUCUGCCUGUGCCUACGGUUCCUGAGUCAUCAGAGCUGAUCGUGGAAGGGGCGGGGCGGUGCAAGUGCAAUCAUGUCAUGACUGACAGUGCUAUUGAGGAAUUGAGUGCUAUCGAGGAAUUGUUUCCAGUCUUCAAGUCCAAUGACGCAUGGACUUGCUAUGGUUGUUGGGACGAAGACAAGAAGGGGAUCGUGAAAGUCAGGCCCGAGAAGCGAGAUCUCUUGAUCUGCGUGACAUGCUACGACCAUCUCUGCUGCGGGGUUGGGUCAAUUGCUUACCCGUUUGGGCACUCUCGAGCACACGCCCUGAAGAAGAAGCACUGGUUUGCUGUUCUGUACUGUGAUCCAGAAAGAGGAUACUGCUUCAAGUGUAACGCUGAGGUGCCAAAGCCGGUCAAAUUCGGGGCAGGUGACAACAAGGUUGGUCAUCAAGAGAUCCGCGAUAUUGUCAGUCCAGAGUUACUAGCUCCCCCGGCAUCUGUUGGUCAAACUAAGGCGGAGGUCAAUCCAAAGAAGGUGAAAAUGACAGGCAAAGUUCAGGCUGAAAGCUGUCCAUCUGUGGUUGGUGUGGAUCAUGCAAACAAAUUGCCUAGGUAUGAGUCCAGAUCAUCUGAUGCGCAAGGCUAUGCUAUCAGAGGGAUACCAAAUCGCGGAAACACAUGCUACAUGAGUGCAGUAUUGCAGUGCCUAUUUGUGCUUGGUAAGCUGCGAGAAAGGAUGUUAGCAUUGGAUCGUCCAAAAAGUCGCCUUGCCAAGGUACUCAAGAAGCUUUUUCUGGAGGCAAGUGCUGCAGGAGACUUGCUGAACCCAAAUGAAGUUUUGGAAUGUGUACGCAAGGACUGUGCGCCGCAAUUCGGAGUUGGGGCUAUGGAAGACAGCCACGAUUUGCUUACGGCCUUGCGCGAGCUUUGGAAUCAAGGUGAGGAGAAUGAUAGCUGGCAAAAUGAUGCUCCUACAGUGAUGGAUUCCAUUUUUGGGUUUGUGAUGGCUCGGACGCUAUCCUGCAAAAAAUGUGGUCAUUUGUCUCCUCCGGUUCCCUAUCCUUUCCAGGACCUGUCAUUGGGUUUCCCAUCAAACGGGCAUCCAACCAAAAGUGCUGCAUUAUCACAAACAAAUGAGAGUCCCAGAUCUCGAAACAGGGAGAUUGUUGUUCAAUUAUUUCCAGCAGAUGUGCAGAGAAACUUGGAAAAGAUACAAACAGUUCCUGCAAGUGGUUAUUCUGAUGUUAUUGGUUCAGAGGUGGCUGUGGAGGAAACACAGAAGCCUUUGGAAGUUGGUGAGUUUAUGAUUGCUCCUGCACUUAUUAAAAUUAUGCUUGAUUCUGCAGAUUCUACUAAAGUGCAACGUAUCAGUCAAAGGAAGGAUGUUCAGAGUCCUUUGCUGAUUCAGGAGGGCAAGUCUGUUGAUUCACUGACAGCAGAUUCUGUAUCGAUUCAAGACUUGUUGUUGCUUUUUUCUGAAGAUCAUCAGGUAGCUUGGCGCUGUCCAAAUUGUACCAUAGAUCAUGAGGAGUCAAGUGCCAGUCAAAGUAAAAAUGGUGAGCAGACGGUGGGAAGCGGCAAUGAAGACAAAACAGUUGUUCGGGACCAGAUUGAACAAUCAGACAGGACAGCAUGCCACGGUAAAGAAUCUGAAUGUCAUGGAGGUAUUCUUCCAGCUGAAAAACAGACUGACCUGUUGGGAACGGUGAAGCAAUCAGAGCAGGCUCGUACAGCAUACCUAUUGAAAGACAGCAAAAAUGUGGAGACAGAUGAUGUUGGAGAUAGUAGUAUGAUUUAUCGUUUUACCAUGCUUCCACCUGUAUUAACUCUUCACCUUAAGAGAUCCCGCCAUGACACUGUUGGGAGCAAAAUAAGUGGCCAUGUGAGAUUUAUGGAGUACCUUGAUGUAGAGCAGUUCAUGGACCCCAGCUUUGUUGACGAAGGUAGCACCUGCUAUCGUCUAGCUGGUGUUGUAGAGCACAUUGGCAAGGAUACCUUGAGGUCAGGACACUACAUUGCCUACGUUAGAGCAAGAAGGCUUGGAAAUCAGCAAGAGGGUAGCAGCUGCUCUUCCUCAUGGUUUCGUGCAAACGACCAUUGCAUUGGACAAGUCACUCUUGAACAAGUUCUCAACAGUGAGGCCUAUAUUCUUUUCUAUGAGAGGGUGGAAGACCAAGACAUUUCUGGCAUGCCAGAGGUGGCUGAGGAUAUUGAGAAUUGUUGGGAAAUGAUACAAUCUGAUGAGAUUGUGAACUGCAACACAAAUUUAAAAGACAGAUGCUAUGAACUAAAGUUAGAGGACAAUUCAUGGAGUGCUAGACUCAUACACAACAAGUACAACAAGUAUGUUGUGAAUAUAUUUGAAAACAAUAGGAGCAAUGUUGAGAGGUUACAAAAAGGAUGUAAAUGGCUUGGGCAAUUUGGUCCGUUGCUUGAUUAUAUAUUACCUAUACCGGUGUGCACUCUCGCUGCCAAUGCAUCAUUGCGUAUUAGUAAGGCUAGAAAGGCAGCUGAACUUAUGGGCCAAGUAUUUGAGAAACUGCAAUCUGUUGUACCUCCCACAGAACAUGUGACAGCUCUUGUUGUGUCCAACGAAAUGGAAGUAAGAGAUGCAGUUGAAAGAUGGAAUAACUCCGGACGAUCUAAGUUGUACUUCAUGGUGUUAGAUUAUGGGCUGGACAAUGAUCAAGCCCGCGCAGUGAAGGAGCUAUUGCAGGAACUAGAUGCUAUGGAGUUACUCUUUGACCUCAAGUUUUGUGAUUCUGACUAGAUGCCUGCGUGGCAAUGAUGGGCCGGCGGGCCAUGUAAUGGUAGUAUUGAAUUGUUGUAGGAUGCAUGUUACUUUGCUGCCUGCAGUCACCAUGUUUUUUAUUGUUUUGUGGGACAUGCUAAAUUGGUGGAAUCCCCAAACGAGUUCUUGGCACACAACUAUUAGAAUUACAUAGCUUCUCCAAUUUUUCUAAUUUCGACUGCAGACAUUCCAUAUCAAUAAGACCUUUGAAAUA